UUCACGUCACAAUUUUACGAAAUGUCGUCUGUUUGGAGUGGAACUUUUGCUUUUGUCAGAAACGUUUGGUUUACUAAGUGUUUUUGUUGGUAAAAUACUAUUUAGUUAUGUAUUACAUUCCCCGAGGAGGAACGAGAGGUGGUGCUGACCAGUUCACAUGGGACAGUGUGAAGACAGACAAAGACAGAGAGUAUUAUUUAGGCCACUCUUUGAAAGCCCCAGUUGGACGUUGGCAAGAUGGAAAAGAUCUGCAAUGGUUCAGUAAGGAUAGGAAGGAUAAAGAAAGUACUCUUAAUGACGAGCGUCAGAAAGUCAAACAGGCUGAAAAGGAAGCCAUGAUGGCAGCACUGGGACAGAAGGUUGUGAAAACCUCCCCACAAGCGGCAGCUUCAUCACAGUACAUCCAGCCACCAAGUCAAACCUCAAGAGUUGAGACGGAGCAUGCGUCCAAAAAACAUUCUAAACGAUCUCACAAAGAAAAAAGAAAGAAGAAAAAACAACGAAAGGAGAAACAAAAGAAAUCUAAAAAGACAAAAGGAAAGAAGAAGAAGAAACGUCGUAACGUCUCCAGUUCGGAAUCUAGUUCAGAGUCAAGUUCUUCGGACUCAUCAAGUGAAUCUGAUUCAUCCAGUUCAGCUGAUUCUGAGGAAGAAAGGCUGACCCAAAGAAGGAAAUUCCACAGCAGUAGUCAUGAUGAUGAAGAACAACGCAGAGUGAAGCAGCGAAAAUCACACACUGAGAACGGGCCCAGGAGGACAAACUCAUAUGAAAAGUCAACAUCAAGAGGUAAUCACCAAUCAAGGCAGUCGGAUGAGACGAUCUCAAAGCAUAAACAAAGAGAUUAUGCAAAUAGAAAAGGGACUUAUUCCGAUUCACUGGAUAAGAGCACAAACCACUCACAUAGACACUCAGAAGAUUACCGUUCAAGACACAGAGAUAGAUCAGAAUCAACCUCCCCGCCCAGAAAACCUAAAAACACGCAUUAUAAACACAGAGAGAGAAGUCCCAUAGGCCUUAGAGAGGACAGAUCAAGUAGACGUAGAUAGAUCCAACUGGAGAUAGGCUAGCUGUACCUGAUCAGUAGAACAGAUAUAACCAGAGUUGAAGGGAACAUCAACCAGGUAGGUUAGCAUAAAGUCUUAUCCAUGCAAUAUAUAUUAAGUUGCUUUAUUUGUUGUUGCAGCAGGCUGUGGCUGGAAGUCAAUUUGGUGAUGACAAUGCCCUAGAUAUAAUGCUCUUGUUGGUGGGGAGUCACAAUGAAAGAGCACAGGAAGUGUAAU